CUAAAUAAAAGUCCCUGUACUUUGGUGUACCUACAAAACAGAACCAAAAAAAAAAGGAACUCCGUUGCCAGUUAGUACUUGGUACUUAGGAUUAGGACUACCUCUGCAGACAGAAAAAGAAAACCCUUUUGUGUUGUGUUGUGUUGUGAUGCAGAUUCCAGAAGCAAUGGAGGAAAGCAGUCCCACUCCCAAAAUUGGCAAAGACGACGUCAUUGCCAAACUCAAAGACGAUGGCGACUUCGACAAUCUCCGCCUCAAGAUCAUUCGCAAGCUCAAGGACAACGAGGAGUUGCGCAAUGAGAUAAUAUCAAUAGUGCAGCAGUCAGCGGCGCUUAAUCGUGCAGGUGCUGAAAAUAUGAAACCAAGACAAAUUUCUGAUGCAAUAUAUGAAGAGGUUGGGAAUAAAGUAAUGAGCCAGAUCUCUGAUGGCUUGUGGCAAAUAAUUAGAUCAGGUGACGGCAUGAAAAGUGAAAUUACAGAAACUGUACAAUCUGUUUAUAAUAAGUUAGUGAACCCAAAAGGGAAAGAAGGGGGCGAAUCCACCCAUGACAUGAUGUCAAUUCAAAUGAAAGCUGAAAAUAAUGGUUCUGGUGCUGCCUCAGCUUGUGAAGUAGAUGAUAUGUUUUCUGAUAGUGAGCCAAAAGAACCCCCAGGGUUUUCUCUCUUAAAUAACCAUCAAAAUAACGACCUUGAGGAGAAACACAAACAAAAGCUUCAGCCACCAAUGCCUCAAGAAAGAGAACUUGUGGAACAACAGGAGGAAGAUACCCCCCAUUCACAGGAUUCGUUGGAGCCAAAAGAUGUUGAUCUCCAUGCGCCACCUGGCUUUUCUGCAGACAUGGAGCAGCAGAAGCUGCCAUGUGAUGGUAGUGAUGACGACCCUGAUGUACCUCCUGGUUUUGGUUGAUGUAUGACAUGCAAUGCAGUUUGCCACUGCUAUUAUGGACCAUUGACAAUUGGCAGAGACUGUACAAUCAGGGAUUUAGGCACAAGUACUGCCUUAGCAUUCCCUUACUCCUUGACACAGAAUUUUGGCUUUCGGGGAGGCUCUUUUGAGUCCACCAUAGUUGAAGGUCAGAUGCUCCAAAUAUUAUUGGUGUUCUUCAUUGCAUCAGAUCAUCUGAUUUCUAUUUUUAGUAUAAUAAAUCAGACUUCAAUGAGAUAAGAACUACGGAAACCAUUCUUGGUUUUUUAUGUACACGAUAGUGUGAUAAGAGUUUGUUAAUGAACUAUGGAAACCAUUCUUCCUUUCAA